AUGCACGCGUUGAAGCGGGCGGUAUCAGUUCGGCGGGUGCGAGGCGGGAGGCAUAAGGCACUGUCGCGGACCGACGCCAUGCGGUGCGGUGCCACGGUGCUGCGAGGUGCAGCAGUCGCCCGCGGCGGCGUGCGUGCGGAGCUUCGGACGGAAAGUUUUGGCAAGUUCCUCACCGAGACGGAGGACGCGGCGCGCGACUUCCCGCGGCCCUCCACCGACGAGCACGGCGCUCGGCUCUCGCAUCUCGACGCUAAACUUACACCGUAA